UUUGUGAAUGAUACGUAUGACUCAAAUCAGCGACCACUAUAUGGAAAUAUUCUGAUAAACUCGCAACAUGAAUUACAAGCAGUGGCCCGGCAACAGUCACAACAAUAUGAACCAUUAUAUAGCUCUUUACAAUUACCGUUAUCCACUGGUUUGCCAAUAUAUCCUAUUUCACAGCAACAUGAAUUACAAGCAGAGGCCCGGCAACAGUUACAGCAAUAUGAAACAUUGUAUAGAUCUUUACAAUUACCGUUAUCUGUUGGUCUGCCAAUAUAUCCUAUAUCACAGCAACAGAACGAUACUUUGUUUACUGGGCAAAACUUGCAUACGCAAUCUCAACAACGAGGGUUGUCGCAUUAUCAGAACUCGAGGCAGCAUGAGAGACAAACACCGAACGCAUUAUUCAUGCCGAUGCAAUCUGCACAUGGAUUACACCCGUUGCCCAAUACGUUUGGUGUUACUCCGGGGCAUUACCCGUCGCAGUUACAAGGAAGCAUCCACCACCAAGUGCCUCCGCUACAAAACAAUUCUGGUCUUAUGGAGAUUGAUGAAGCAUCUUUGCAAUCUCAA